AUGUCGUGUUCUUCUUCAUCUGGGUCGGAAGAUGAUGAAGAGGGCUUCGAUUCCUACCGGAAGGGAGGUUACCAUGCUGUCAGGGUCGGCGAUCAGUUCGCCGGUGGUCGGUAUGUGGCUCAGAGGAAAUUGGGUUGGGGUCAGUUUUCAACCGUUUGGCUUGCUUAUGAUACUACAACCUCUGCAUAUGUUGCUCUCAAGAUUCAAAAAAGUGCGGCGCAGUUUGUUCAAGCUGCUCUUCACGAGAUAAGCGUUCUUUCAUCCAUUGCUGAUGGUGCUCCGUCAAAUUCAAAAUUUGUUGUUCAAUUGAUUGACCAGUUUAAGCACACGGGCCCAAAUGGGCAGCAUCAGUGCAUGGUGCUUGAGUUUCUCGGAGACAGCUUGCUCCGUCUAGUCAAAUACAACCGUUACAAAGGUCUUCCGCUGAAUAAAGUUAGGGAGAUUUGUCAAUGCAUUUUGAUUGGUUUGGAUUACUUGCAUAGAGAACACGGUAUUAUCCAUACAGACCUAAAACUGGAAAAUGUUCUUCUGGUUUCUACCAUUGAUCCUGCCAAAGACCCUGUUAGAUCAGGAGUCUCGCCGAUUUUAGAGAGGCCAGAGGUAAAUGUAAACGGCACGGUUACUAGUCUUAUUGAGAAAAAGUUGAAAAGGAGAGCGAGGAGGGCGGUCGCUAAAAUAUCUGGACAAAGAGCUUCGAUGGGAGGAGCGGGGGAAUCUCCGCAAUCUGAGAGAAGAAAUAUGCAUGGGAUUGAUGUUAGAUGCAAAGUGGUAGAUUUUGGAAAUGCUUGUUGGGCUGAUAAGCCUUUUGCGGAAGAAAUUCAGACAAGACAGUACAGAGCUCCCGAAGUUAUUCUGCAAGCUGGCUAUUCGUUCUCCGUCGACAUGUGGUCUUUUGCCUGUAUUGCUUUUGAACUCGCCACUGGUGAUAUGUUAUUUACUCCCAAAGUCGGACAAGGUUUUAGCGAGGAUGAGGAUCACCUUGCUCUGAUGAUGGAACUCCUUGGAAAGAUGCCCCGAAAGGUUGCUACUGGAGGAGCAAAAUCUAAGGAUUUCUUUGACAGACACGGUGAUCUGAAAAGGAUCCGAAGGCUAAAAUUCUGGCCACUAAGCAAACUAUUGAUUGAAAGAUACGCAUUUUCAGAGAGUGACGCUAAUGAAUUAUCGGAGUUUCUUUUACCUCUUCUUGAUUUUGCACCUGAGAAGCGUCCAACUGCGCAGCAGUGCCUACAACACGCAUGGCUCGCCGGAAAGGACUCGGUUCCAAGUGAAAAGAGAAAUGAAACCAGUGUUGAAAAAGUGGAUGUUGGAAUAAGCAACCUUAAAAUCAGGGUGGGGAAGUGA